CAAAAGAGCCCAUGCUGGUGGUGGCACAGAGAAGGCAGGCAUAGAUCUACUUAAUGUCUUGGCCUUCACAACCUCCCCCGCCGGCGAGUCCCACGGGCUGGCUGCGCAUGGUGCGAAGAUUUGCUGCCUUCUCUUGCUCUAAACCCGCUGCCUAGCCUUUUCAUCGGCUGGCUCCUGGCUCCUUGCUGGGCUUCACAUCUGAGGCGGUACCUUUUAAGCCUGGGCAAUGAUGCAGGCGCCGGCCAAUUACCUGCCCACCUCCAGCCCCUACAACUACGAGCAGGCCCUUCCUUCCGUGACUCGGAUAAAUUCGAUCCCCCAGGUUCCUCCGACCAAGAAAAUAACCUUCUUCAAGAGCGGAGACCCUCAGUUUGGGGGAGUCAAGAUGGCCAUCAACCCACGCAGCUUCAAGAGCUUCAAUGCCCUCAUGGAUGACCUCUCCCACAGGGUCCCUCUGCCCUUCGGGGUGCGGACCAUCACCACUCCACGGGGGGUCCACUGCAUCAGCGCCCUGGACCAGCUGGAGGAUGGCGGGUGCUACCUCUGCUCUGACAAGAAAUACACCAAGCCCUUUAGCAUCGGCAUGGGCCGGCGGGGAGGCCCUCAGUGGAAUGGCCGCCCGGUGAGUGCCCUGAGGAGAGGAGGCCCGGAAGGCAGGCACGAAGACCAGUCCAUGCCUUUUUCCCAGCAAGCCCCCAAAAUACCCAAGAAAAUCACUUUGGUUAAGAACGGGGACGUUGGCGUCCGGCGCUCGAUUAUCCUGAAUCGCAGGAACGCUCGGAGCUUCAAAACUCUCCUGGAUGAGAUUUCCGAGCUCUUGCAGUUCACGGUGAAGAAGCUCUACACGGUGGAUGGGAAGAAGAUCGACAGCAUGCAAGCGCUGCUCCAUUGCCCCAGCGUGCUGGUGUGCGUCGGCCGGGAGCCAUUUAAACCACUGGUGCUGGAGAAUUCGAGGAGACAGUUGUCUGAGAAGCUCCCUGGCUUGGCCACCCAACCCAGCGGCAACCCCGUCAGUGAAAACGACGGCAGUAAGAAAGACGUGAACUUUGGACUGAAAGCUAAAAAAAGCGUCAUCCACCCAAGGUCCGCUUCAAGCAACAGGUCAAUGAGAUUCUCCUUAUCGUCAGAAAAGUCCUAUGUGAAUGGCCUCAAUACAUCCCUGGAAAACGGCGCUCCUUUCCCAGACAGCUAUCCACAUGGAAAAGCCGGGGACCUGGUUCAUUCUCUAGUCAACGAUGACAUUGAAAAACGAGUGCACAUGAAUAAGGAUGGCAGUCUGUCUGUUGAGAUGAAAGUCCGCUUUCGUUUGCUCAACGACGAGACUCUUCACUGGUCCACACGGAUCAAGAAGUCCAAUUUGAUGAGUAACACGCCCUGUGAAGAGUCCGGGAUAGAGGGAGACAAUGGGGUGGACCCCAAGCAGAAAAUGAAUCUGGAAGUCAGCUCGGAGGCGGAAGAGUCGCUUUAUCCUUGCGAUGCCGAUUCCUACAUCUCGAAACUUGAUGAGUCUGAAUCUGAGGAAACGCAUUGCCACAGCUGUGGCAAGCAACACCUGGACUAUGACAUCUGGAAGAACCCUAUGCAUGCUUCCCGGAAAGAGGAGCCCAACGUAAGAAAUACUUGGCACACACGGUCUUCACGCUCCAGCACAUCGUCACGGAGGAGGAUAGUCCGCAAAAAAAUCACCUCCAUGGACAGCCUCCACACCACGUCCAGUGAAGAAUAUUCGGAGCACAUCGUGCAGGAGUCUUCAUGCUAUUCGGAAACGACAGAUGACAGAGUCGAGUGCUGUAACGUUAAAAAGCAUAACUAUCGAAGCACUUUGUCUACAGCUGCCUCCCGUGGAGAAGAGUCACAGGAUUGCUCGCGAAGGAACACUAGCAGUAGCCAAAAAGCAUCAUCCGUAGGGCCAGGCUCACAGUCAAGCUGUGAAAACAACCUAGAUUCUGAAGAAGCUGUUGACGAAGCUGAGGCCAGUCAGGCUCAUUCCCAGAACGAGGAUGAAAACGACAUGGAAGUUUCUUCGGUGAAGUGUUCAAAGGAGGAAAUGGAUGAAAUCGAAGGCAGCAGGGUUGGAAGUCGUAUUUCCAGGUCAUCUCUGCACUCCAGACAAAGUAAGAAGAGCGUGUGUGAGGAAACUAACAGUAUGGCAAGGACUGUGUCAUCCAGCAGCUUGAAAAAGGCUGAAGAAGAAGAAGAAAUUGCUGCACGCUCAAGUUGUACCAAUUGCGUAGACAGCCGAUCUAGCAAGUCCAUCCUGCCAACAGCCAAGAGUCACCAGGAUGAACAUUCUGACAAUGAUCCAGUGAUCUCUUCCUUUUCCAGCGAGUCCUGCCCAAAGAAAGACGCUGAAGAGAAGGAAGCAAAACCAGAAGACUGCACGGAUAAUGAAGUUAGUUCAGAAUCAGCACAAAGGGUGCCCAAUGACUCAAUCAAAGAUGACUUCAGCGAAUGUGAACGAUGCUCUGUAGAAGCAGCUUCCAAGGCCCGAGCUUGGGAUGGGAAUAUUAGGAGGAGUGACAGUGAUGAGAUACUCGUGUGCAAUGCCUCCUGUUCUUCCAAAGCAUCGAGGAGAACCAAGCACAGUCAGAUUCAUCUGGAUGCCCAUUCUGAAAUGUCCGUGUCAUCACGUGGAUCAACCGCUAAGAAAAAGAAGAAAAAUUCUCUCCACGCAGAAGUUUCAAGGUCAAACAGCAAGGCCUCUAACUACUCCAAAAGCUCUUGUGAAAUCAAGAAAAAAUCGAUUAGAAACCCCACGUCACAUUCAGACUCUCCUCUUUCAAGCACGUCAUCUGUGAAUGAAGCAGCUCCUCCACCCAUUCAUAAUGAGGACCAGUGCACAAGCAGCACCUCUAAGUGCUACAGCAAGUCUUCAAAAGGCACCAAACAGGGAAGCCAAUCGGAAGCAAGCAGUAAGAUGUCAUCCCCAUCUUCAAGUGUGUCAAAUUCUAAUAGAAAUGAUGGAGAAGGACAUGCCCAAGUUAGUUCUGAGACUCCAAGCUCUAGACAUGGAAGCAUGUCAGAAUCUUUAUGCUCAAAAUGUGAACAGCCCAAGGCGGCUGGGAACGACUAUCACCCAAGUUCAAGUUCGAGAGUCUCUUCUUACUCAGACCUUCAGGGCAAGCGUGCAGAGACAGAGGUGUCCAGAACAAGCAAUGAUGGCUGCUCACAGUCCAGUGUGACACGGUCAUCCAAGCCACGGAGGAAAAAAAUGAAGAGUCUUCACGCUGGGGUGGAAAAUUCUAGUAGAGCAUCGGCCUCAGAGGUGGCCUCAAUGGGCAGUUUGCACUGUCCCACCCCACCGAAAGGAAAGCCAAGCAGAAAAAAGCUGCGACCCGCCGUGUUUAAGAAUUCCUCCAGCAUCAGCGCAUGCACGGAGUCAGUGCUGACCGAGGGCAAAGAGCAGAAAGAAAUAUUAGACUCUUCCAAACCAACCUCUUCCGGGUCUAAAUCAGCUGAAAUGAAUGCAAUGAAUGGGGCAGAAAAUAAGUCCCAUGAUGAGCAGAAAGAAGACGUUGUUUCCUGCAAAGAGAAAAUGGAUGAUCCAGAAGAUUUAGCACCUUCGGCCCUGCCAAAUACAUCUCCAGAAGAAGUGGUCCAGGAAUGGCUAAGCAAAAUUCCUCCAGAGACUUUGCUCAUGAAAUAUGAAAUGGAGGAUGAUGGAGCAGAGCAAUGCACAGAGGCAACCACUGAAAUAUCACACUGCGCCAGAAAUCAAGAAACCUCAGAAGAGGAAACAGCUGAGAGACAGGAUGCAGGGGAAGGCGAAAACGGUGCCGAGGAAGAACUGGAAGAAGAGGCAGCUGAAGCCGAGGCCACUGAGGAGGGGGCAGAGAAAUGCACCCAAGAGGAGAAGACUUCUGAGGGGAUGUUGGAAGGCGCAGAAGCCAAGCAAGCCGAAUGCAGCCAGUCCAUUGAGACCUCAAGCCAAAAUAAUCACAGAAAGGACUUGCCAAGCACUAUCCAGACGUCGGUGCAGAUCAUGAAGGCAUUGCUCAGCUCAAAACAAGAGGCAAAAUUUGACCGGUCAAACAGUUUGCCUGAAGUAUCCCCCACCAUGGGGAGGAAACUCAGUAACUCAGCUAAUAUUCUGAUCACGUGUUUGGCCAGUCUCCAGCUCCUUGACGAAGAACCGUUAGGCCCAUCGGAUAAGCCAAAAAGCUUAAAUAAGCCGAGAUAUACAGAGCUGCUGAACAUUUUCCAGGCCCUGUGGUUUGGAUGCACCGUGGAAAAAAGCGGUCCGAGUUCAGGCCAACCAGGCAGUGACCAGAUAAAGAUGAGCUCAGGUUUUAAAGGCCAGAAAUCCACUCCGAUGUCGUCUUCUGGGGUCGAUGUCGGUAGCGGUUCUGGUGAGUCAAGAGAGGGAAGCAUGGCCAGUGCUAGGGAUUGCAUCUUAUUGCCCCAGAAGACCGUUACAUCCAAACUAGCUGAUCAAGGGGCAAGUGUAGAGAAUGAACCUGAACUGAGUGAGACUGGGGGGCAGAGCAAAGCAGGAGAGCAAUGUUCUCGGCCUUCAACAUCCUGCUCAAAGUCCAAAGAGGGAAGAGAAGCAGCGUCCAUUGAAGAGGACUCCCCAGAGAUGGGUGCUGAAGCAGACCAUGAUGAAGAUGAUCAGGGUAGUAACUGUGAAAACAGGGAAGGGGGUGAAAAUGAAGUGGAAGAAAACAGCAAAGCUGAAGCGGGAGAUGAAAUCCCUCCAGAAGCAAACACCGAUGAGGUGACAGAGCAACCAAGCAACCUUGCAGAAACGGAUGCAAUUGCUGAUGAUGCUAAUGGCGAGAAAGAAGCCAAAUCCAAUGUGGAAGAGGCGGUAGGGGAAGGUUCUCCCGAGAAUCAGGACUCCAACGUCCAGGCCAUCCCAGAAACCAGUGUGAAAACAAGCUCCAUCGCCCAGCAAAAAUCAGUUGACCCUGACCCAGUCUGGGUGCUGAGGUUUCUUAAGAAAAUCGAGAAGGAGUUCAUGACUCACUACAUCAGUGCUAUGAACGAGUUCAAGAUCAGGUGGAAUUUAGAGAACAAUGAACUGCUGGAUAAAAUGAUAUCGGAGUUGAAGGAUGAAGUGAGUAAAAGAAUACAAAAGAGCAUAGAGAAGGAGCUAAGGAAGAUCAAAAGUAGAGCAGGGAGGAGGCAUCCAAAGCCUCCAAAUGAAACACUCAGGCGUGAGUCAACAAUCCAGACAGAGCAGAGAAGACAACGGUUGCAGACCAUGCUCAAUAGGUCUCUCUUUAAUGACAGGACUGUGACCCAAAGUAAGCCACAGGGGACAACCGACUUAUCAUUUGAUGUGGGUGAAGAAGAUUUUGGUAUCAGUGUGGCUCUCGUCGAUGAAGUUAGUGAACAACCAAGUGAAGAAGAAUACUGCCCCUGUGAUGCCUGCAUAAGGAAGAAAAUGGCUUCCAAGCCUACAAGAAACCCGAUAGUGGCCGCCAAUGCCCCGAUUGUGAAGGCAUUUGAUUUAAAGCAAAUCCUGAGGGGGAAGGAGGAAAACGAAACUGAAAACAACAUGGUGGACUGUGCCUCAGAAGUCGUUCAGGACAGCGAGGCAAUUCCCAGUGAGCACACGCAAGAGGCAGGAGAGGAAACCAACUCAGAGGAGGCGGAUGGUGAAUAUGAACCAGAGCCCCCAGAGCAAAAACCAGAUGCUGAGGAAGAGAAAGAGCCGGAGCAAUCUGAAACUGAUGAGCAAGGAGAACAGGAAGUGAAUGAAGAUGAAACAGCCGCCCCCGCUGAGGGAGAUGAAAUUUCAGAUAAUCAAAGCUGCGAGGUGGAGGAGGAAGCAAAAGAACAAGAGGAGGCUGGGAAGGAAGAGGAGGAAGUGAAAGAGGAGGCAGAUGAAACAAAGGAGGAAGAGGAGGAAGUGAAAGAGGAAGGAGGGAAUGAGGAAGAGGAAGUGAAACAGGAAGAGGGGAAUGGUGAAGUGGAAGAGGAGGAGAAAGGAGAAGACGACACACCAAAUGAAAAUCAGGAAUGUGAGCAGAGUCCCAAAUCUGAGGAGGACACUGAGGGUAAAGUGGAGGGAGCUGAGGGUGAGGCCGACAGAGACAAUAACGAAGAGAAUGCCUCUGAAUGUGAAGCGAAUGCUGGAGUCUCUGAUGCUGCUGAGGAUGCAGAAGAAGCACCCCUAGCCAGAAACGAAGAAGAGCCCCAGGCCGAUGUGGGGGACGAGGCUGUGGAAGAAACAGGCCCAGAGGUGGAAUGUGAGGCAUGUUCAGAGGCACCGGCAGCAGAGGAAGAACAUGAAAAUGAAGGAGAUCCUGAGUGUGCACAGAAUGGUGACGAAGCAGCCGGUGAUGAACCUCAGGAAGACAAUGAAGAAGCCAGAGAGGCAAGGAAUGGUGAGGUCCCUGAGAUGGCCUCUACUGUGGUGGAGGACCAAGACUGCAGCAAAGGAUCAGAGACUCUGACCAAAGCAGCUAUGUUCUCUUAUAACUCCUCCAUGGGAAACUGUUCGCAGCAAUCCCAGAAAGGGUCAGAGGAUGGAAGCGAAGGAGAGGAAGGAGAAGAUGGGAACCCGAAUGACGACCCCAGCAGGGAGGCGAACGCUGAUGGAGGCAGCAAGUCUGCAAAGAUGUAUCCUGACAUUGAGGAGGAAGAUGAGGAGGAGGAAGAGGACAGAGCAUCCGCAUGCCCCAGUCCUGUGGCUGGAGGGAAGGAUGGUGCUGACCCCCAAAACAAAGGACACACCAGUAAUGGCCACGAUACUAAAAAGAAGACCGAAAAUGCCGAUGAGAUUGACCAAGACGACCUAGACUUUUAG